AUGGCUGUCGGCGCCAGCAGAUCUGGGACGAAGACGGCUCGAAGGGGAUCAGGCCCCUGCCUUGGUCCGCACCCGCGGAGGCCCAAGGAGCCGCCACCACCGCACCAGGCGGCCUCCACGUCGAGCCCGAGCAGGCGCUCCGCCGCCGGCCAUACAUCCCGCCGAGCCGGUCGUCAUCCGCGCCGCCGUCGUCUCCACCAGACCACCAGGGCAGAGGCCGCGCCGCCCGCCGUCGAGGUCGCUCCGGGGAGGUACCACCGCCGCGAGCACGCCAAGGGAUGCGCCGUCUCCACGCCGACGCCGGAGCUCCGCGCCGCCACGCCCGACGCCCGCCGCGGCGCCCUCACCGGCAGCGGACGGCCCGCGCCGCCACCACCGCGCGAGGGAGAGGGGGCCCCGGCGCCGCGCGGGCUUCGCCCGGCGACGCCCUCGGCGGCGGCGAGACGGAGGGGGAGGGGAGGGGGGUCGGGGAAGAGCGCCGCCACGGGCUCCCGGCCGCUCGCGGGAGCGGCGCGAGAGCAUUAG